AUGGGCCGCGCCGCGGGCCGCCGACGCUAGCGGGCGAGGUGCGAGGGGCCGGCCAGGAUGACCAACUCCUCCUCCGCGUCCGCCUCCUCCGCGCCCGGGGGAUCGCCGCUGCUGCUCUGCGAGGAGGAGGAGUCGUGGGCGGGCCGGCGCAUCCCCGUGUCGCUGCUGUACUCGGGCCUGGCCAUCGGGGGCACGCUGGCCAACGGCAUGGUCAUCUAUCUCGUGUCGUCCUUCCGCAAGCUGCAGACCACCAGCAACGCCUUCAUCGUCAACGGCUGCGCCGCCGACCUCAGCGUGUGCGCUCUCUGGAUGCCGCAGGAGGCGGUGCUGGGGCUGCUGCCGGCCGGCGCCGCGGAGCCCCCCGCGGGCUGGGACGGCGCGGGCGGCAGCUACCGCCUGCUGCGCGGCGGGCUGCUGGGGCUGGGGCUCACCGUGUCGCUGCUGUCGCACUGCCUGGUGGCGCUCAACCGCUACCUGCUCAUCACGCGCGCCUCGUCCUCAACGGGGUGCUCAGUCUGGGCACGGCCUCUGCCUCCGACGCCCCCUGCGGGGACCCAAACCCAGACACCGUCUUCAACGGGGUUCCCGGCCCAGGCAGAGCCUCCGCCUGACCCCCGCGGGGACCUGAACCAAGGCAUCGCCCUCAACGGGGUUCCUGGCUUGGGCGGAGCCUCCGUCUCUGACCCUCUCCGGGACCCGAACCCAGAUCUUGCCCUCAACGGGGUUCUCAGCCCCGGCGAAGCUUCCGCCUCCAACCUCCGCGGGGACCCGAACCCAGGCCUCACACUCGUCUGGGCUCCCGGUCAGGGCAGAGCUUCUGCCUCCGACCCCCGCAGAGAACCGAACCCAGGCCUGGCCCAGAACCCGGCUCCGCGGCCAUCUGGGUCCGCCGCCUGGCUUUCACCCUCUGUUUCUGUGUCUUAG